AUGGAGACUGUCACCUGGCUCGGGGUGAAGGUCGGUGGAGGUGAGGGCGAAGCGCUCAUUUCAUCUUCAGUUUUAAAGAAACUUCUGCUUGCGUGUAUCCUGUUAGAUACGGGCAACCUUUCCAAGAAGUGCUCAAACAGAGAUUCAGAGGCAGUGCAACUGCUUUUGUUUGGCAACUCUGAGCAUACAAGGCACGAAUUGUUUCAACAAUUGAUGCUUGAUCACAAUGAUCACUCUUUUGUCGAGUACCUGAAGAACACCUAUAUAAAUUCAAUCGCAGAUGGUACUGAAGACAGCCCUCCAGAGCAAAAACAUUCGAUUUCGGCAUCAAGAUCAUCCCAAGAUGCUAAAAAGUCCAAUUCAAGUAAUUUUAUAACUCCCUCCAUUAUGAAUUUAUAA